AUGGUGCAGCCGCAGCCGGAGCAACCACAGCCGAAGCCGAAGACGACUCUGCCGAAGAUCACCGACCAGCCGAAGAAGCAGCCCGAACAGCCGAAGAAGCAGCCCCAGUCUGCGCCGAAGCAGCCCGAACAGCCGAAGACUGUCCCGAAGUAUACCGAACAGCCGAAGAAGCAGCCUCAGCCCGCGCCCCAGCCAAAGAAGCAGCCAUCGCCUCCCAAGAAGCAGCCUCAACCUGCGCCACCCAAGAAGCAGCCUCAGCCUGCACCGAAGAAGCAACAACCACAACCACACCAACCGCAACCACAACCAUACCAACAACAACAACAGACCAAGAAGCCCUCCUCUGCUCCUGCUCCAAAACAAUAUGGCAGCGGAUCUUACUAA